AUGUCUGCCUUCAACGGCUCGGGUGAGCCAGGCAUGGCAGGGCAACCUGACCUGGAUGACCUGCUGGCACAGAUGUUCGGUGGCAUGGGCGGUAUGGGCGGGAUGCCUGGUAUGGGAGGAAUGGGAGGAACGCCCGGUGGUCGCCCCAACAAACCGCGCAAGAGCCCCAGCGAAGAGCAAGAUUACGAAGUCAGCCUGGAGGAUCUAUACAAGGGCAAGACUGUGAGGUUUUCCAGCGUCAAGAAUAUCAUUUGCGGACAUUGCAAGGGCAAGGGUGGCAAGGAAAAGGCCACUGCCAAAAAGUGCUCGACUUGCGAUGGCCAUGGCCACAAGGAGGUCUUGCAGCGCAUGGGCCAGUUUGUGACACAACAGACGGUUAUCUGUACCACUUGCAGCGGAGAAGGCUCAUACUUCGCCCCGAAGGAUAAGUGUAAGAAGUGCAAGGGAACUAGAACAACCGAGGCGAAGAAGAUACUGGAGAUCUACAUCCCCCGAGGCGCGAGGGAAGGAGACCGGAUCGUGUUGGAAGGCGAGGCCGACCAGGUGCCCGAUCAAGAACCCGGCGACAUUGUUUUCAAAAUCAUUGAGGAAGAACACCCCGUGUUUACACGGGCGGGCUCGGAUCUCCGCGCAACUAUCGAUAUCACUCUUGCUGAAUCCUUGACCGGGUUCUCCCGCGUCGUGAUCAAGCACCUCGAUGGCCGUGGCAUUGAGCUUAACCACCCCCUCACCGCCGGCGCUAUCCUCUCACCCGGACAGGUCCUCAAGGUUCCCGGAGAGGGAAUGCCCAUGAAGCGUACCGAUGCCCGUGGUGACUUGUACCUGGUUGUUGAUGUCAAGUUCCCCGAUGACAAGUGGAAGCCCACCCCAGAGAUGCUGGAGAAGCUCAAGGAAAUCCUCCCAAAACCCAACCCUCCUAUCAAGGCUGACACUGUGGACGAAGUUGAAUACGACCCCAAGGGUCAGAUGGAAGACUUCGGUGCGCAGGAUGGCCAUGACGCGUCAGCAUGGGAAGACGAGGAAGACGACGGUGAACCGGCGCAGUGCGCAGCUCAGUAG